GUCGGAGAACCUGGGCAAGAAAGGGAAGGGAGGGCCAGGAUCAGAGCGUGGACCUGAGGAAACUGGUCGAAGCCGCUGCCAAGCUAACCCUGAAGUUGGCGGAUGCGCGUCAGACCAUUCUGUUGGACUGCAGCUUUACUGGGUUUGUGGGGACAGAGCAAGGCGGUGUCCUCCCAGUGAUGUUCAGGGUGAGUGCCGAGUGGAAGUGUCUUCAGGAGUCGGACCCCAAAAAGAUCACAAGGCCCCUCAACGUGCUGAUGAUGGAGCGUUAUGACGGAGCUCCAAGCAAGGCUGAUGAAGACAGCCAACGAUGCCACGAUGAUGGCGGUGUGCCAAGCGGGGUGGCCCUGGCAGCGGACAUGGAGCAGAUGGCGGCGCGCAAGGAGGUGUGCUUCGCAAUCCAGACCUCGCUACGAAUUGCUGGAGAACGGCUGCGCAACAACCUGAUGAAGUUGUGCGACAACAUGGUGUUUCGACUGCUUCGGAGCCGGUUGCGGCAGGAAAGUCGCCGUCGACACGGAAUGGCCAAACACCUGGAACGCCUAUUGUACAGUCAGCCACACCCCUACAACUCCGUAAUGCUGGAAAUGGAAACACCGGUUACGUCAAUGCCUUGGUUCACAUUAUCACCUGGUUGCUUGAAUCCACUGGCCUUGAGGUGA